GGGCAGCUCAAGAUGCUUCAACAAACCUUGCCGGGAACAGGUCAGAUAUUUUCGAGUUGCUGGAAACCUGGAGGCGGAUAGAUACACAAUACCACUGCACCAAGCGUCGACACUUCUGGGGGAGCCAUCCGACACCACGACCCCACGAAGACCUGAGAUCAACCAGCGAGCCUUGUGUGGACAAGAAUCAUGGCGUCUGAUGCCGUGCAGUAUUCCUUUCCAGCCAGCUCAAUUAAGAUUCGAAAACACGAAGGAAUGGAAAAUGAUACCUCCAACGGUCUUCCGAAAAGAUCUCAAAGACUCAAGCCGGAGAAGGCUGAUCCAUUUGUGGAAGAGCCUACCAAAAAUUUUGAUGAAAUUGAUCGUGUCUAUAAUGAAGCCCCUGGAGACUACAAAUACAAACCCAUCAAAGGACAAAACUGUAUCCGACUCGUCGAACUGCUUCCUGCAGAUCCUACGGAAAUCAUUCGCAUCAGAGUUUCGUCAGCAGAUCUCGAUGAGAACCCUGAUUAUGAGGCUCUUUCCUACGAGUGGGGCUUCCGUACAAUCACCAAGUCCAGUAGCGUUGGUAUUUUCAAGGUUUCGACCGAGUUUACGUACUUUCGCAAUAUCCUAUGCGAUGGCCUUCGGAUGCAGAUCAUGGACAGUCUGCAUGGCCUGCUGCUUCGUCUGAGAGAUGUAUCCAAGAGCUUGAUUUUGUGGACUGAUGCUAUUUGCAUCAACCAAGAUGACGAGGAUGAGAAACCUCACCAGCUGAUGUUGAUGGGCAGGAUAUAUACCCAAUCUAAGACCGUUCUAUGCUGGAUUGGCGAGGAGAAGCAGAAGACUCACAAAGCUUUUCGACUGAUCGAGAGCCUUGCUGCGGCUUUACGUAUCAAGAUGUCUGUCGAUAUAGAGACGUUCAUUCGUUCUGGGGCUGAGGUCCCCGAGGUCGUCCUCGAUGAAGAUCUUGUGGGAGAGGUUCAAGGCGAUGGUUGGCUGGCUGUUAUGGAUUUAUUCACUCGACCGUACUUUGGCCGAAUAUGGGUCGUGCAAGAGAUUGUCCUCUCUCGAGCCGCGAUAAUAAUUUGUGGCUCGAAUCGGAUUCCCUGGGGCGACUUCCUUAGAGUCAGCAAGCUCAUUUCAUCCCUUGGAACUGUGAUCUACAGGCGUGUCGAAGACGUGACGGAGAAACUAGAGAAUCGAGAAGAUGAGCCUGACUAUAUUCGUCAUGUGAAAGUCAAGGAAAUGGUGGAUCAGACCGAUGAAGAUGCCUUCAACUUCACGACAAAAUGGUACAGAGUCAUCCGUAUUGGAAAUCUACAAGAAGCCAAAAGCAGCGAGUCACGUUCACUGGCUUUGUGUCUUGAGCUACUUCUUGGUCAUGAUGUGACGAAUCCUUUGGACAGGGUAUACGGAAUGUUGGGCAUGAUCACUCCCAGUUCUAUCUUCACCAAGACACGGCCGUUGGUGCCCAGCUACAAGAAGUCAGUUCAAAAGGUCUAUCGAGAGGCAACAAAGUGGGCAAUCAAGGACCUCUUAUCGCUGCGCGUACUCAACCUUUGCGAUAGUCCCGGCACGAAUGUUACACCAAAGCUUCCGAGCUGGGUUCCAGAUCUCGCAAAGGGUCCAGCACAAUGCAGCAAUCAUGUGUCCCAAGCGGUCUCGAACCUAUCGAUGUUCUCGCCGCAGUUCUCUGUCUCGUUCAGCAGGAACAUACUAUCUGUACGAGCACAUGUCGUCGACACAGUAGUUGUUGCUAGACCGCCGUUUACUUUCGGCUUGAAACCGGUGCUCAUGAUGCAGCACUUCAAGGAGUUCGCAUACAGGAUAAUUGAUCAAAGGGAACCAAUUUACCCCACGGGAUGCACGAAGCUCGAAGCAUUCUGGCGAACGCUGAUUGCGAAUUUAAAGUUGAAUGUGGUGGAAGGUACAUGCACAACAGAUCUAGGCCUAGGAUCGAGUUAUGGCAAGCAUUUCAUGAAAUACAACGCUCGAGAAUUCAUCUCGAACUGGGGCCUGCCUUAUCAAUUGACAGGCCAAGAACGCGAUCUUUGGGAAUUGCGGCUUGAAAGAGCACCAUUCCCACUCGAUGAGAUGUUCCCCGAGGAUGUGUAUAACAAUAUUUCUAUACUGGCUCUGAUGGCCAAGCAUUCAUUCGUGAGGUGGAUGUACGAAUGUCUUGGCGAAGGCGACGAGAAUGAGUGGGCUCCUCAGGUCUUGAAAAGAAAUUGGCUUUGUGAUGGUGAUUAUGGACGGCAGUUCUUCUUCACAGAGAAAGGGUGGAUGGGAAUUGGCCAUACUUGUCGAGUUCAGAAGGUAGGUGGUGGGAAUAUUGGUAUUGCCGAAGGCUCUGGAGUCAAAGAGGGAGAUGUGGUUGCGAUUUUGGCUGGGAGUGAGAAAGUAUGGGUCUUGAGGCUGGAUAUGGAUGGGAAUUAUAUUAUUGUUGGACAAGCGUAUGUACAUGGCGUAUCGGAUGGGACUGGAUUUGACGAUAAGCGCCUGCCUGAGAUGGAGUUCAUCAAUAUCAAGUAAUUGAACAGCGAGGC